AUGAGUGGAAUUAGGGCAAAUUCCUCUCGAAUUGCAUCCUCGGCGCUGUUGAUCUGGCUUCUUGUUCUGGCCUGCUUGGGGCGAGUGUGGUGUGUGGAUGAAGAUGAAUAUUCCAAGUCCAGCAACCCUAAAGUGCUGAGCGUUGUCACGUCUCUCAUUUAUAACCAGAUUCUGAAUCUCACACAGAUAUUCAACAAGGAGAUUACAUCUACCUUGGGAUAUUGCACUCGUGACGUGGAUGCUGAUAUGAAUGGGGCGUUCAAAUUCGGCAGUAAUUUGGAUUUUCUGAGUAAUUGUGUUCAUGAUACCAAAGAUGUAACAAGGAGGAUCUGCACAGCAGCGGAAAUGAAGUUCUAUUUUUCUAGUUUUAUGGAUACAAAGUCAGCUGAUGCUUCACUCUUAAAACCCAAUAGAAACUGUAAUUUAACCUCUUGGGUUCCUGGAUGUGAGCCUGGUUGGGCGUCCACUAUUCCUCAAGAUACACAGGUUGACCUGAAAAACUCGAAGGAUUUUCCUGAUAGAACGAUCGAUAGUCAACCUUGUUGUGCUGGUUUUUUCUGCCCCAGAGGCCUCACCUGCAUGAUUCCUUGUCCUUUAGGCUCAUAUUGCCCGCGCGCGAAACUGAAUAAAGCAACUGGCAUGUGUGAGCCGUAUGCAUAUCAGUUACCUCCUGGUAAACUGAACCACUCUUGUGGUGGAGCGGAUAUAUGGGCGGGUGUGACUAGUAGCGACGAAAUAUUUUGUUCAGCGGGAUCAUACUGCCCAACUACCACGCAAAGGAAUCAAUGUCAUAAAGGACAUUACUGCCGGCAAGGCUCUACCGAACAAAGAGCUUGCUUCAAGUUGAGUACAUGUAAUCCAAAUUCUGACACACAGAACUUGCAUGGAUAUGGAUUUAUGCUCAUUGGUAUGCUGAGCUUGGUGUUGAUAGUGUUCUACAACUGCUCUGAUCAAGUCCUCACAACUCGUUAUGAAAGAUUGGCCAAGUCCAGAGAAAGAGCAGCAAGAAGUGCCCGUGAAACGGCAAAAGCAAGACAGAGGUGGCAGUUUGCAAAGGAAGCUGCGAAAAAACGUGCUACCGGCUUGCAACACCAGCUUUCACGCACAUUCUCACGUAAAAGUGGCGAUUCGUCAACCCUUCCACCCAAAAUCCCGAGUAACUCAAGUGCACCAUCAUCUGGUGCUCCAAAGUCUAAGAAAGAAGCUGGCAACCUAACUAAGAUGCUGCAAUCACUCGAUGAAAAUCCAGACAGCCACAAGGGUUUUGACAUGGCGAUUGGGGAUAGAAAUAUCAAGAAGCAAAUGCCCAAAGCAAAACAGCUGCACACUAAGAGUCAAAUAUUUAAGUAUGCAUAUGGUCAACUAGAGAAAGAGAAAGCUAUGGAACAGAAACAGCAGAACCUGACUUUCUCGGGGGUAAUUUCAAUGGCCACUGAUACAGAUAUGAAGACUAGGCCCACUCUUGAGGUUGCUUUCAAAGAUCUUACCAUUACUCUGAAACACAAACACAAGCAUCUGAUGAGGCGAGUGACUGGGAAAAUUAUGCCUGGCCGAAUAUCUGCUGUCAUGGGUCCAUCAGGGGCGGGGAAAACAACCUUUCUUUCUGCUGUUGCUGGAAAGAUAAGGGGGUGCAUCAUAUCCGGUUCAAUUCUCAUUAAUGGAAGGCCAGACUCCAUUCACUGUUACAAUAAGAUUGUUGGUUUUGUCCCGCAAGAUGAUAUUGUUCAUGGAAACUUGACAGUAGAAGAGAACCUCCACUUCAAUGCUCGAUGCAGACUUUCUUCAGAUAUGCCGAAGGCCGAUAAGGUUCUUGUUGUUGAAAGAGUGAUCGAGUCCCUUGGACUACAGGCUGUGAGGGAUUCUCUAGUUGGGACGGUUGAAAAGAGAGGCAUCUCUGGAGGCCAGAGAAAACGAGUUAAUGUAGGGCUGGAAAUGGUGAUGGAACCUUCCCUCCUCAUCUUGGACGAGCCGACAUCUGGCUUAGACAGUUCAUCUUCUAAUUUACUCAUUAAAGCUCUUAGACGUGAAGCUCUUGAAGGAGUCAACAUCUGUAUGGUUGUUCACCAGCCCAGCUACGCAUUGUACAAGAUGUUUGACGACCUGAUCCUGUUAGCUAAAGGCGGCCUCACUGUGUACCAUGGAUCAGUUAAGAAAGUCGAAGAAUACUUCGCGAGCUUCGGCAUAACCGUGCCAGAACGCGUAAAUCCUCCAGACCACUUCAUCGAUAUCCUCGAGGGCAUAGUCAAACCGAGUGCCGGUUUGGCCGUUGAGCAGCUGCCUGUCCGGUGGAUGCUCCACAACGGAUAUCCUGUGCCUCCUGAUAUGUUGAAUUUGUGUGAUGAAAUUGCAUCUGCUUCAAAAGGCGCGAAUGGCGGAGCUCUCAGUGUUCCAGAACCUUCUUCCACCGGAGGCUCGUGGAACGAUGGCGAGGAGAUCUCGCAGCAGAGUUUUUUCAAGCCCUACGACUUAUCCGGGAGAAGUACGCCUGGUUUGAUCCGGCAGUACAGAUAUUUCCUCGGAAGAAAUAGCAAGCAACGGCUACGAGAAGCCCAGAUUCAAGCAGCAGAUUAUCUGAUACUUUUACUCGCUGGAGCUUGCUUAGGAACUCUUUCCAAAGUGAAAGGCGACACCUUUGGCUAUUAUGGAUAUAUGUAUACAGUGAUUGCAGUCUCGCUGUUAUGUAAGAUUUCGGCCUUGAGAUCGUUUUCACUGGAUAAAUUACACUUCAGGAGAGAGAGUGAAAGUGGCAUGAGCAGCCUGGCCUAUUUCCUCUCUAAGGACACUGUCGAUCAUUUCAAUACCCUUAUCAAGCCUCUGGUUUUCCUCUCCAUGUUUUAUUCUUUCAGCAACCCAAGAUCGACUUUCCUGGAAAAUUACGUUGUCUUGCUCUGCCUUGUCUAUUGUGUUACUGGCAUAGCUUAUGUUUUUGCCAUCUUUCUUCAGCCCAGUCAAGCUCAGCUGUGGUGUGUGCUUCUUCCCGUUGUUCUUACACUCAUGGCAAAUCAAGGUAAAGAUGACAAAAUCGGGAAGACAAUAGGUGUAUAUACUUAUCCGAGGUGGGCCCUGGAGGCGUUCAUGAUCGCAAAUGCUCAAAGAUACUCGGGAGUGUGGUUGAUAACUCGGUGUGCUGUAUUAAACGAUCUCGGCUACGAUGUUCAUCGUUGGAAUUACUGUCUACUUUACCUCAUAGCCAGUGGUGUAUUCUUUAGGUUUUUAGCUUACUUUUGUUUGGUUAAAUUUGGGAAGCCAUGA